UUUAGCAGGUUUCCGCCUUUCCGGGUCCAAAGAUGCGCUAAAGUCUCCUCUCUAUCUCUCUCUCUCUUGUCGUCUUCUUUGUCCACCUCUCUCUCCCCUCUUUCUCUCUCUCAGACCGCCAGUUGAAGAAGCCAAGGAGAGGAAGAACCCGCUUAUCUUGAUGAAAAGCUCCACCAAAUUCUCCUUCCUUGUGAGCACACCAUCAACAUCUUAGCUGAACCUUUCUCUCAUCUGCAUCUUAGCUGAACUCCCCUCCUUCCCACAGGUUUCUAAUUUUUAUCCCUUUUUUCUACCUAGAUUAAUGCAUACGCAAUGAAACAAAGAAUUCAGCGUACCUUUAGUUUCCUUUUUCUUAUACCUUUCCAUGCAAGAAUCAACUGUUGGAAGUUUGUUGAUUUUCGAAAACCCUAAUUUUUUUUUUUUCAAAAAGACCCAAUUUCUACCAGUUUUGAGUUUAAUGGGGUUUCUGUUGGCGAUCUAGUGUGGUAUAUUGAAUUUUGUUUCUGGAAUUUUAAUUUGGGUUGGUGGGUAUAUCAUGGAUAACGUUAUUGGGGAUGAUUCAAUUAUGGAUCUUUCAUAUCUGAUGGAAGAUAAUAUGAGGGUUGAUUCGGUUAUGGAUCUUGAUUUGAACCAAGAACCCCUGGAUCCGUCUAGUGGUUCAGGGAUAGGGCUGGGAUCUCUGUUGAAUGAGUUGGAAUCAACCAAUAAUCAGAUUGAGGAUCGAAUUCGACGGCUUGAAGGGUUAAGAGCUAGGCGCCAGAGAUGGCGACAGGCUCAAAUCCGCCUUCCCGAAAAUUUUGAUGUGUUGAGUGGAACAAUGGGAAGUAGUGAGGGCACAGAGCAGAAUGCGGAGAAUGGAGGCCGGGGCCCAUCUACUGGUUCAAGGCUAGGGGUAGGCUUUCUAUUGAAUGACUCAGAAACAGCCCAUAGUCGGAUUGAAGACCGAAUCCGACAGCUUGAAGCUGUCAAUGCCAGGGCAAGGCAGCGUCAGAGAUGGCGACAAGCUCGGAACCACCUUCCCGAAACAAGUGAUGCAUUGAUUGAAACUAUUGGUAGUACUGAGGGCACAGAGCAGAAUAGGGAGACUGUUGAGAGGGCCAAAAGUGGCAAAAGGGAUAGCUCUCAUUUGGUGGCAAAGGCCUUGGAAUUGGAUACGGAAGUUAAAAAGGUUGUCAGUGAGGGUGGUGGGUUUUUCGACUGUAAUGUGUGCUUGGACAUGGCAAGAGACCCGAUACUGACUUGUUGUGGUCACUUGUUUUGUUGGGCAUGCUUUUAUCAAUUGCCAUAUGUAUAUUCAACUGCCAAGGAAUGCCCAGUUUGCAAGGGAGAGGUAACAGAUUCGAAUGUUACUCCUAUUUUCGGCAACGGAGAUAGUAAUUUUGUGUCAGAGUCGGAGUCUGGAGUGAAGGUGCCUCCAAGACCCCAAGCACAUAGAAUAGAGAGCGUUAGGCAACAACGCGUUAACCGGGCCUUCACGUCAGAAGCAGUUCGACGAAUUAGAAUGCGGUUAGGUGCCACAGGGGGUGACCCCUCACAGCAGCAGGAAAUCGCUCCUGCAACUAUAGAUAGUCAGAUCCCCAUCUCUGAGUUGUCAAGGAACCCCCUGUUAGGAGGUGGCAGCCGCCGCCUCCGUUCUCGUCAUUUGAUGAGGGUACUAUCGGAUGCGGAUGCUUCACUUUCUUCCACUUCAUCGGGGUCGAGGUUGUUUGAGGAUUAUGCUGUGUUGCGUAUCCAAGAAGCCCUUUCGGGAAGAAGUCGAGAACGGGUUCUACGAUUUGAAAGAGGGCAUCCUUCUACAAGCAGUGCUGCUGUUGAAGAACACCACCACCAGUCUUUGGAUUCUGCAGCUGAGAUCAAUUCUACGGCAACCCGAGCUUCAUCUUCCGAAAGAGCAGAUGUUUCUUCUUCUGAUGGGCAUUUGGAAAACCUGAGACCUGAUGCGCCGACUGAAAUGGACUUAACUGAGCCCUCUUCGUCUACAAGGAGAAGGAAUCGUCUUUCCAGAGUUUCAGAUAUAGACAAUGGAGCUUCUCGUGCACCUAGGAGGAGAAGAUUGAAUUAUAUCUUGUAGAUCUCUAUGCAUUUUGGUUGUAAUAGCUAAAAAUUUCAGAUUUCCUUCCUUUAAGUGGUCAUGUUUUGCAGACAUUGAAUAAAUAAAGAAAAUAAUUUGGCAGCUGCCAGUACAAGGGAAAUUAUGAUGGUUUUGCAAACCAUUCUUGUCAAACUUGACCCUUUGGAUUCUAUGGAGCUGUCUGUAGGAGCUGAUUGAAUGUCACCCUGGAUCGAGCAAUUGGCUGCCUGUGGGAAAAAAAAGGGGUGUUGGUAUGGCCUUCCUCACAACAUUGUUACCAGUUGAUUGUUUGUCUAAGCGCACCUGGAAGGAAUAGAGAUGUGCAUGUUGUUUGAUAUAAACCCUAUUGAAAGCUUUAUGUGUCUCCAUUUUCCUUAUCCAGGUAUUUACAUUUUACAUGCCUCUUGAAAAUUGAUGUAGCAUUUUUUCUUUUUCUUUCUGGUGUUGUAAUCAAAGGUUACUGCGGAGGAUGUAUUUGUAGGUGAAUAUGUAAGGUUUUCAUAGGUAGUUGCUUGCUCGCUUCAGUUUUCAUUUAUACAGUCCUGGAUAUAGUGCUGAACCUACUAAUGCGUAAUAGUUCAAUUUCUCGUAAUAGACAAGUAUCAUACAGCUAUUGAUUUGUGCUGUAAAA